AUGUAUUUUUGCUCCAGGUAUAAAAUCAAAGUUGGUGAUCAUGAAUUAAGAAGCUAUGAAUCAUCAGAACAAGAACAUCAAUUCCAAGAAAUAAUCGUACAUCCCGACUACAGGCAUGACCCCAUCUUUGAGAACGAUAUCGCUUUAGUUAAACUAAACCGUGAAGUCAUUCUCGGCCCGUAUGUGCGCACUGUUUGUCUUCCUGGACCUGACCUGUACCUUGCUAAACCAGAUUCUACCUGCAUUGGUCCUGGUCAGCUAACAAAUGGUGUAGUCAAUUCAACCAGGAGCAUAUAUCAGCCAAAUGAAGCCAUAAGGUUUACAUGUAACAUAAACUACACGAGAAUUGGAAAAUCAGAACUGAUCUGUCAACGAAAUGGAACUUGGAAUGGAUAUAAGCCAAUAUGCUUAGAGGUAAGCUGUACCAACUUCCAUCACCCUGGAGACGGCAGGAAAAAACCUAAACAAAGCAAGUUCUUGCCUGGAAUAAAAAUCAUUAUUGAAUGUAAAAGAGGUUACACACUACUUGGAAAGUCGUCCCUCAUUUGCCAAAGCGAUGGUUCUUGGGAUGUACAUUGGCCAUAUUGCUUAGCGCCAUGUCCGAGACCCACACAACCAAAAAAUGGCAUGCAGGUUCAACUUGGUGACAGUUUUAUGCAUGGUCAAAGAGUUAGGUUUCGGUGUAACACCGGUCUUAAACGUAUUGGUUCAUCUCUCACUACGUGCAUUAACGGGAAAUGGACCAAUAAAACUCCAAAAUGUGUUGCUCCAUGUCCAGAUCCUGGUACACCAAUUAAUGGUCAUCGAUACAACCAUUCUUUCCAACAUGGUGACCAAGUCAUGUUUUCUUGCCAAAAGGGAAAGUAUUUGAUUGGAAGAAAGAUGAUUACAUGCAAUGAUGGACGAUGGGAUCAGAUAGCACCAAAAUGCUCAGAUAACAGGAACUGUCAAGAUCUGGGAGACAUACCAAAUGGAAUUAUUAUCAAUAAUGGCUUUAAACACGGAGACAAAAUAUCUAUUCGCUGCAAAAAUGGUUUUAGAAUCAAAGGUAGUCCAGAACUAAUAUGCAACAAUGGACAAUGGGAUAGCCCAAAACCGAAAUGUGUUGGUGUUUGUGCAACUCUUGGUCAUCCAAAGAACGGCCAAAUGUUGGAUUUUAAUUUUGACUAUGGUUCCACGGUACGAUUUCGCUGUCUCUAUAGAUCUUCUCUGCAAGGUCCAAAAAAUGUGACUUGUAACAAUGGAAAAUGGAGCAACAGUGUCCCAUCAUGCAAAGCUAACUGUCUGGAUCCAGGACAUCCUACUAACGGAGAAAGACAAGGAGAUCUUUUCAAUCAUCUACAGACGGUGAGCUUUUCUUGCAAAAGAAAUUUCACGAUGAUUGGCUCCUCUAAAAUACAAUGUAAUGAUGGAAGAUGGACUUCUGGAAUACCGUAUUGUACAGAGUGCGGGUCUCCACUCGGAAUGGAGAACGGAAAGAUUCCAGAUAAAAACAUUCGAGCUUCUUCAAGGUUGGACAAUGGUCAUGAUGCAAGGUACGGUCGAUUACACGGUUCAAGAGCCUGGUGCCCAGAAUAUCUCAGAGCCGAGGACAUCUUCUACCGAGUACCAUCAUGUGCACCACAUUAUCUGGAAGUAGAUCUAGAGAAACCUUACAAGAUAACGUACAUAGCUACGCAGGGAAGUGCCCGUGAUAAUAAAUGGGUGACGAAUUACACUUUAAGCCAUAGUUUGGCAAAGUCAUCUCGUAUCGAAUACAAGGAAAAUGACAAAGAAAAGGUAUUCAACGGCAAUAGCGAUGCAACAACUGUGAUGAAGCACAAAUUAAAGAAUUCGUUCAUUGCGAGAAAGGUGCGUUUUGGACUAUUUGGAUAUAGAUUCCCUAGAUGUCGGUUUGACGUCUUUAACUGGUCGACGUCGUGCAUGCGAGUGGAGAUAUACGGAUGUGAACUUCCUACUGAUUGUGUGAUGGUUGGGUCACGCGUGCUUGGAAAGUGGGGCAGUAGCUACCGUGGUUUUGAUUACUACUACAAAUCAUAUGUAAAAGCCAUCGAUGACACACAUGAUGAGGUUGACUUAGAAAUAGAAGAUGACGAACAUCCCGACGAUACAUUCAAAACAAUAUCAAAGGCACACGUUGUACCAGACGACCCCAAUAAACAAUUGAACUUACCACCUGACACAAGAGUAUUGGUACCGUGGAACAAUAAGUACUACACUGGGAACAUCGAAAGAAGUGAAACACAUUAUUAUCUAGUACGCUUCGAUUUUAAAACACUUGCUUGGUUUUAUAAGAAAGAAAUAAGGUUACUUAAACCUACACAGUUUUGUGAGAGAUAAUUUCGAUAUUUUAUUCCGUCAAAUAAAACACUAGUAGACUCGUAACAUGGUAUAUGGGCUCAGGGCUCAUUGGUCAAAUGGACGGGCUCAAUUCCGAAAUCCUGGUUGGGCUCUGGGCUCAAAGUGUUAGGCUCACGGCUCAAGAGAAAAAAAAUCGGGAUACUAUAAUAAUAAUGCAUUUAAUUUGAGUUAAAAUCAUUUUUAAUUUUUCUGUGAAAGAAGUAUCUAAAAAGCACUAAUUUAAACUGAGGAAUAUUCGAAAAAAACAUCAUUUCCGAAGUAGUUCCGAAUACCGAUGAGGUUCGUGCACAUGUUCCGUGAAGUCAGGUAAUUCGAUCCCAUCUUUAGGUGGCGUGGUCUCUGGAAUAUCUGAAAAUUAAGUCUUUCUUUUCUUCUAAAUUUUCCUGCGUUGCCAUCAAACGAGGUAAAAAAAGUUUUUGGCAAUUUUCUCAGUUAUCAGUUAAAAUUAUCGGUCCUCAGUUAAGCCAGAUGUUAAUUAUUAUUUUUGUGUAAUGAUUAACAACUAAAUAUUCAGUUA